AUGGCAACCCAUCAAGAACGGCAAUACCCGGACGCCCCGGAGCAGAUCGUCCCGACGAGCCUCAACGACUAUCUGGAAGUGAUGACCAAGGCCGUUUUCCAGAGUGGCAUGUCCUGGAAAGUGGUCAACACCAAGUGGCCGGGAUUCCAGGCUGGCUUCCAGGGCUUCGAUGUCGCCGCAGUGGCCGCGAUGGACGAAUCGGCCAUCGACACCCUUGCCGCCGACACGGCAAUCAUUCGCAAUCGCCGCAAGAUCGUCGCCACGGUCCACAACGCGCAGCGCCUCAUCGACCUUGAGGAAGAACACGGCGGGGAUAUCCGCAACUACCUGCGCUCUCAGGGCGAGUUCGAAUCGCUCAUCAAGGACGUGCGUAAACAGUUCAAGUAUAUGGGUGACGUCGGCACCUAUUACUGGCUGUACGUCCUGGGCGAAGACGUGCCCGGCUGGGACGAGUUCUGUAGCCGCGGCCAUUAG